AUGGUCGCUCGUUCUGGGAAUCCAAAAGAUGAGACAGCGAAGCCAGCAAGUCUCGGUAGCUAUGCCGCUCUUCCGUUGAUGAACAUUGUCUUUGGCCAGCUGGUCGGCAACUUCACUGAGUACUUUAUCCCGGGGUCUGGUGUCACAGAGCAAUCAUUCAAGUCCUCAGUCAACAAAGAUAGCCUCCACGCCUCAGGGGCCUUGCGCCUGGAGUACAUCCAGGCCCUUUUUUCACUUCCCAUGAGCAGAAUAGACGAAAUUUCGGUCGGAACUGUCACAAAUGCGAUUACCGCACUGUCAAAUACGAUCCAGCAAAGUGUUUCCGAUCGACUCGCCAUACUGUUUCAGUCGCUCGCAUUGCUCAUUGCGGCUUACGCAAUUGCAUUCCGCUAUUCCUGGGCACUGACGCUUGUUGUUAGCUCGGCCAUUGUAUUUGUGGUCCUUGUAUUUAGUCUGACAACGCCAUUUCUGGUGAAGGCGCAGCAGAAUGUCGACAAAGCGGAUGAAAAGCAUGUAGCCCUCGCUGCAGAAGUAUUCGGCUCCAUUCGGACGGUGUUCGCCCUGGGUGCUGAGCAGCCACUCUUCAAAAAGUAUACACAAUGGGUCGAGGAAGCACGAAAAGGUGGGAUGCGCAUGUCACUAGUCACCGGUAUUCACCUUGGGACGCUCUUCUUUGCCAUCUAUGUCAGUUUCUCUCUGGCCUUCUGUGUAUUCUUCUCUGUGCUUCUCGUAGUCACUAUUUUGGGCGGAAUUGCGGGGCCGUUGAUGGCUAUCUCAAAAGCCAUAAGCGCAUCGGGCGCCUUUUUCGGUGUUAUUGAUUCCAAGCGAGAUGAUCCACCCGGAAUUCGAGAUCCGGGGUUAUCCCAUGCUGAUAUCGUGUUUCAGAACGUGACGUUUUCAUAUCCCACACGACCGGAAAUGACUGUGCUUAAAGGAUUUCAUGCGACAUUUGAGCGGAAUAAAACCACGGCUCUGGUCGGACCCUCCGGUUCGGGGAAAAGCACCGUUGUCGCUAUGAUUGAGCGAUGGUAUCAACUUUCAUCCGAGGAAGAAGAGGCCACGUCGGGUCACAUCUUUGUGGGAUCUCACGACAUCAAUGACUUGGAUAUGAAGUGGUGGCGAUCCCAGAUUGGACUUGUUCAGCAAGAGCCGUUCUUGUUCAAUGACACAAUAUACAAUAACGUCGCUUUAGGUCUGAUAGGAUCGCAGUGGGAGAAUGAAAUAGAAGCUGUGAAGAUGGACCUCAUCACCGCAGCGUGCAAGCAAGCCUUUGCAGAUGAAUUUAUCGACCGUCUUCCCAUGGGUUAUUCCACUGCCGUUGGGGAAGGUGGAAUCACAUUGAGUGGCGGACAGCGCCAAAGAAUUGCCAUCGCGCGAAGCAUCGUUUGUCAACCCCAGAUUCUCAUUCUCGACGAAGCGACCAGCUCCAUUGACAUUCAAGGAGAAAGGAUCGUGCAAGCAGCCCUCGAUAGUGUGUCCAAAGAUCGCACUACAAUCAUGAUCGCUCAUCGCUUGUCCACUGUCCGCCGUGCGGACAAGAUCAUCGUCAUGAAAGACGGCCAAAACUUUGAAGAAGGCUCUCACCAAGAGCUUAUAAUCAAGGAAGGGAUAUACCAUAGCUUGGUUCAUGCACAACAACUGGCACCACUUACAGAUUUGAUGGAUUCCGAUGUGGAGGAAUCAAUUUCGUCGCAGAAAGAAGAAGCCACGGCUCAAGAUAAUACCACCAAAGAAUGCGGCGAUCAAAAUGGCAAGGAUAACCCUGAGCCCGAGGAAGGGUUCGGCUUUUUCCACGGCUUUGGGGUCCUCAUUUAUGAAAAUCGUAGUCAUUGGCUCUUAUAUGCACUGACGCUGAUCGGGGCUGUAGGGGCAGGUUCCGGAUUCUCCCUGCAAAGUUGGCUGUUUGCCAGACUCGUGCAGGUCUUCCAGUUCACUGGCGAGAAACUCGUGCACGCCGCGAACUUCUGGGCGUUGAUGUUUUUCAUCCUCGCCCUUGCCAUGGCGACUUUUUAUUUGAUGUUAGGGUUUUCGUCAAAUUCUAUUUCGAUGUUUGUCGUGUCCAACGCCCGGAUGGAUUAUAUCUACAAUCUCUUGUCCAAACCGGUGUCAUAUUAUGACCGCGAGGAGAACUCCUCGGGUAGUCUGAUCUCCAGACUCUCCACUGAUUCAAAGCAACUGCAGGAGGUUUUUGGCCCUACUGGUGUUUUUCCUCUUAUUUCGAUCUUCAACAUCAUUGGAUGUGUUUCAACCUCCUUCGCCUUUGGAUGGAAGCUAGCGGCUGUCACCUUUUUUGCCGCCAUGCCAUUUUCAUUCUUCUCUUCCUUCAUACGCAUCCAAUAUGAAGUUCAAUUCGAGAAUAUGAAUGCUGCGGUUUAUGCUGAUAGCUCCAAGUUCGCAACGGAAGCGGUCCGAGCAUUCAGAACGGUCACUGCUCUGACCAUGGAAGAUACAAUUAUGGAAAGAUAUUCAAAUCUACUGAAAGACCAGCGCCAAAAAGCUAUCCGGAAGGCGUGGUACGCAACGUUGAUAUUUGCCUUUUCCGAGAGUGUUGAGCUGUGUGCCAUGGCGCUCGCCUUUUGGUAUGGCGGCGGUCAAUCAUCUGGGCAGUUGUUCAGUGUUGGUCCAAAUAUUGCCCAGGCUAAGGCUUCUGCCAAUCGCAUAUUGUCUGCUCGACGACCUACCACGGGACAGCUUCAGUAUAUUCCGACGGAGCCACUCUCUUCUUCGGAGCACAGACCCAGUCCCUCUGUUGAACUACAGAAUGUCUCAUUUCAGUACUCCUCUCGAGUAGUACCAACUUUUGUUAAUCUGAAUCUCUCCAUCGAGAGUGGUCAAUUUGUGGCAUUUGUCGGACCUUCAGGCUGUGGAAAAUCCACCCUUAUCUCGCUACUUGAGCGCUUCUAUGACUGCAAUCAUGGAACUAUUCUAUUUGGUGGCAGAGACAUUCGUUCCAUUGAGCUUCCGUCUUACAGAAGUGCUUUGUCGCUGGUCGCCCAGGAGCCGAAGCUCUUCGAAGGUACCAUCCGCGAGAAUCUCCUUCUCGGUUUGGAAGCCCCCAAUAACCCUACUACCGAAGACCAAAUGAUUCAAGCAUGCAAAGACGCCGAGAUCUAUGACUUCAUAGUAUCCCUGCCAGAUGGUUUCUUGACAGAACUUGGCGUCAACGCUCAGGCUUCACUAAGCGGUGGGCAAAAACAGCGUCUUUCCAUUGCCCGAGCUUUGAUCCGUAAACCGCUGCUUCUCCUUCUUGAUGAAGCUACAUCUAGUCUGGACUCUCAGUCGGAAAGUCUUGUGCAAAGUGCUAUGGAGAGAUUAGCAAGCAAGCGAAACAUGACAAUCAUUGCAGUCGCGCAUAGACUAGCGACCAUUCAGAAAGCUGAUGCAAUUUUUGUCUUUGGAACUGGGGCUUCGGAGCAGGGAUCGAGGAUUUUUGAGUCCGGAACACACCAUGAAUUGUUGCGCAGAAAGGGGGCUUAUUGGCAGAUGUGUCAAGCGCAAGCUCUAGACCGUUGA